CUAUAAGAUGGGUGAAAAAAUCGAGCCUUCAAAUGGUGUAUUCAAUCAAGUGUUUUCGGUUUGCACUAUAAAUCUGAUACAUUUCGCACAUGGCGCUACACUGGGAUGGUUGUCACCGUUUCUGCCCUUACUUCAAUCAGAUGAUUCACCGUUGGACACCGGACCAGUAACAGUUGAGCAAGCUUCAUGGAUCGGGUCGAUUCUUUGCUUGGGAGCUCUGGUCGGGGCCAUUAUUUACGGUAGUCUUACAAGCAGACUUGGUGUGAAACGAUGCAUCUCGUGCAUAAUAUUUCCAAACAUGAGCUUCUGGAUGAUUGUAUAUUUCGGAACAUCAGUUUAUCAUCUGUACAUUGCACGGUUUUUAGCCGGCGUAACUGGAGGAGGCGUCAUCGUAACAUUUCCUCUUUUCAUAGCAGAUAUUUCCGAUAGCAGAAUUCGUGGAAUGCUUGGCUCAUGUUGGGCCUUGUCCAGAAAUUUAGGAAUCCUAGUAAUGUAUAUAAUUGGAGAUAUUCUGUCGUAUCGAACCGUGCCUACUGUCAUGAUGGUUGUGCCUCUCCUAUUUGGAAUUCUCAUGUAUUCAAUACCGGAAACCCCGCAAUCAUUGCUUAAAAAGCGAAAGAUUAUAGAAGCUGAAAAAUCUCUCCAGUUCUUUAGAGGAGUCACGUCUAAAACAAGAAAUACAGAAUACAAGUUUCAACACAAUUUCGAAGAGUUGCAGAAUUUUAUUCUCACCAGUAAAACUGAACAUACUAAACUUCAGCUAAGUGACUUCGUAUCACCACAAGCGAGAAAAGGAUUAUUCAUUGGAAUAUUUCUACUGUUUUUAAACCAAUUUUGUGGCGUUUUCGCAAUUCUCACCUAUGCAGUGUCAAUCUUUCAGGAAUCGGGCUCCAACAUGAGUCCCGGAGCAUCAGCCAUAAUCAUUGCAGCGAUUCAGAUAGUUGGAACGGUUGCUUCAUUUAUUUUCAUUGAUUUAACUGGACGAAAAGUUCUGCUAUUGAUUUCUACUUUCGGCACGGGUUUGGGAGUUAGCUGCCUCGGAACGUUUUCAUGGUUGAAGGAGCGACAAUUCGAUUUAUCUGGAUAUGGUUGGAUUCCUAUUGUUAGCUUGUCAGUUAUGGUAUUUCUCUUCUGCGUUGGAUUAUGCAAUAUUCCAUUCUUCAUAAUACCCGAAAUCCUUCCCACAAAGAUAUGUAACGUGGGGAACACAAUUAGCAUGAUUUUGACCACCGUAUUUGCGUUUGUGGUUCUCAAGAUUUUGCCAAUUUUACUGAAGGAGAUCAAGCUUUACGGUGCAACUGCCUUAUUUGCUUGUACUUGCUUUGUUGGUGUUAUUGUUAUCGCUGCAAUCGUUCCAGAAACAAAAGGAAAAAAUCUCGUGACAACUGUUGACAUUUAAUAAGAUUAUGUAAAAUGUUUGUGAUCUCUCAUGUAUCGAUAUAUAGUCUACG